AGGUAAUAUUGAAGUCACCCCCAAUACACCAUAGGAGAUCCCACCCACUAAGUAAGCCUGCUAACUCAUCCCAUAGUACUCUUUUGACAAUGUCAUCGUUAGGACCAUAAACACCCGCAAAGGCCCACUCAAAACUAUCAUCUACAGUCCUAAAAGAGCAAGCAACCGGAAAUUCCUCCACACUCAAUUUUCUCUACCUCCCUCUUGUCCCACAUUAACAAGAUCUCUCCGGACGCUCCUCUCGAAUCCAAAAAACUCCAAUCAACAUGACAGCUCCAUAAACUGCGAACAACAGCCCUCGACACAAACUCCAAUUUUGUAUCUUGAAGACAGGCGAUAUCAGCCUUCUAAUCUCUUAGAAUAUUUCUCACCCUCCAUCUUUUUACCCUAUCAUUCAAACCUCUCACGUUCCAAGACAGAAUCUUAGGCUUCAUGAUAGACAACUAGAGCCCCUCCCCUUGCCUUUACUAGGAUGACAACCCUCAAGAUCUUAAUUGAUAGAACAAGCUGACCUCUUCAACUCUUGUUGCUCUCUGUUUGCUGACUUAGAAAGAGAGCUGGAAGGACUAGCCUGGUUCCCCUGAAACUGCCCUGAUUCAAAAGUGGUGGGCAAUGCCAUCAAAUCCUCUUCAUACCCCUCACAAGACAGCCCCUUUAAUUUGUAGAAGCACUUAGCUUGCUGAACCACCCAAUCUGAGUAACCAGAAACAGAAAAAGGAACAACUGGCUCCUCAAGUACUGCAAGGGGACGGACACUCAAAGGUUCACUCCCCCUAGACUCAUCCCUGGGAAAAAAAAAAAAAAAAAACCAACUCUGAGGAGGGGUGCAGCUCAUCCCCUCUUACACUAAACGAGAGAACCCCAUUAACACAAUCUGCUGAAGGGGUAAUCCGCCGAAUGUCAAAGUCUUUGCCUACACAGCAACUUUCUUUGAUGUUCUUACUAGGAACCGGUAGACUCCUUCCAUCUCUUAAAGCUAACGACCACUCCAAGGCCCUGGGAUAGAUGGACAAACUUGAAUCACCGAAACGAGGAGCUACAUCCGCUACCACGACUGAGGAAUCGCCUAUGCGGGUACCCAUCUCCACCGACCCAUUUACUUCUGAAGCUCCGGCACCCAGAGGUUCAUUGGGAUUUGGUGAAGAAGCAUUGCAAUCUCUUCCGGGGAAAGUUGGGUCUCAGGAUGUCAAUGAUGUACUCACAGCGAUAGAUCAUGUAAUAGACAAGGGACUGGCAAGUCCUUCAAAAAUUACAGUACUUGGUGGUUCCCAUGGUGGCUUUUUGACAACCCACUUGAUUGGCCAGGCGCCAGAUAAGUUUGUUGCUGCAGCUGUGUGGAAUCCUGUCUGUAACCUUGCAUUGAUGGUUGGUACGACAGAUAUCUCUGGUUGGUGCUAUGUGGAGGCCUGUGGAAGCAAGGGGAAAGAUAGCUUUACUGAAGCCCCUCCUGCUGAACAACUGACUCUCUUUCACAGCAAGUCUCCUAUUUCACACCUCUCAAAGGUCAAAACACCAAUCCUUUUUCUUUUAGGUGCUCAGGAUCUCCGUGUUCCAGUUUCUAACGCAUUGCAAUAUGCCCGGGCCCUAAAAGAGAAAGGUGCUGUGGUUAAAGUCAUUGUGUUUCCCAAUGAUACUCAUGCAAUUGAUAGGCCGCAAUCUGACUUUGAAAGCUCUCUUAAUAUUGGGGUUUGGUUCAAGAAGUAUUGUAAAUGAGCAGGCCUUGCCCAACUGUGUUGUACCUAUGGGUUUUAUGUCCAAAUGUGAAGUAUUGAAUGUUUUAUUGUUUUCAGGAAGUUUGUAGGUCCCUUACAUGAACGCACAAUUUUUUGCCUUGCAAAAAUUGUUUGAUGGGGCAUGGGAAAUGUGUUCAUUUCAAUGUUCCAUUUCAGUCCAUCGCAUAAGAAUUUGCUAUGAUGGAGCAUGGGAAACGUUUCCAGUCCUCUUCAAGCCGAAGAGUUGUCUUGCAGCUGUGCCAUUUUAUGGGCUGCUCAACCAAUUUUCUCUCUUAUUGAAUUUUCACUGGGUCUAAAAUUCGUGA